AUGGAACCGCCCCAGAACCUGGUCGCCAUGUACUUGGUGAUGCUGUCCCUCGGACUGACGGUGGAGAGGGGCAUCUGCCAGCAUUACUAUCUCCUCCGCCCCAUCCCGAGUGACAGUUUACCACUUGUGGAAUUAAAAGAGGACCCGGAUCCCGUUUUCGAUCCCAGGGACAGGGACCUAAACGAAACCGAGCUGAAAGCCGCCCUGGGAGACUUUGACGGCCGCUUUUUGUCCAUCUCGCCGCCGGAGGACAAACACUACGCCGGCAACGAGGAGCUGGGCGACUACGAGGUCCAGAAGCCCGGCGCGCUGAUGCCCAAAGACAUCAAGGCCAUGGAGUUCGACGUGCAGUUCGGCAAGAAGCACAAACCCAGCAAGAAACUGAAACGGAGGCUGCAGCAGUGGCUGUGGGCGUACUCCUUCUGCCCGGUGGCGUACACCUGGAACGACCUGGGCAACAGGUUCUGGCCGCGGUUCGUCCGAGUGGGCGGCUGCCUCAGCAAGAGGUCCUGCUCGGUGCCGGAGGGGAUGGUCUGCAAGCCCGCAAACUCGACCCAUCUCACCAUACUGAGGUGGAGGUGCACGCAGAGGAAAGGGGGGCUGAAGUGCACCUGGAUACCGGUCCAGUAUCCCAUCAUCACAGAAUGCAAAUGCUCCUGCUCGAACUGA